CCCAUGCGAAUAUGCAAUCCUAUCCUAUUUUUCCUGUGUGUUAUGUUUAUUACUAUUAGUAUUAUAACGCUCUUGGAUUGUGCAUAUGUUAAUAAUUACAUCAAUUAACUAUACUUUUUUUGUCAAUACUUAUACUAUUGUAUUAAUAGUAAUAUGAGCUUGAGUGGGUGGAAACGUAUUCUCUGUUCACGUAAACAACUGCGGAUUGAGAUAACAUUAGCAUGUGGACAAUCAUUCAGAUGGCAUGAGACAAGACCCAAUGAAUGGACCAGCGUGCUUGCAGACAGGGUCUUUACACUAAGCCAGACGGACUCCCACCUUCUCUACAAGGUCCACGGCACCGACUGCGGAGACUGGGAAGAAAUUCCGCUUUUACACGCCGACAAUGCAGACUUGGCAGGGGUUCCACAUUUGCAAACCGAAAACAGACGCUUGGCGGGGGUUCCGCGUUCCACCAAGCGGAAGAACGCGUCUUUUGCCGCCAAGAAUCCGCAGAAGAAACCUCGAGGCGGCGCCACAUCCGGACGCGGCGGCGGCGACCAAAAGGACGGCGUUGGCGCAGCACGACGAGGCGAUGACGAUGGCAGUGAGAACAUACUGCGCGACUACUUCCAGCUGGACAUCGACGUCGAGCGGUUGUACGAGCGCUGGAGCGACGCCGACGAAAACUUCGCUCGGGUGGCGCCGCGCUUCAUCGGCGUGCGCAUGCUGCGGCAGGACCCCGUCGAGAACCUGUUCUCGUUCAUCUGCUCGUCGAACAACAACAUCGCGCGCAUCGCCGGCAUGGUCGAGCGCAUGUGCACGCGCUACGGCGAGCCGCUGCCUGUGGUAGGUGGCGCCACCUAUCACGCUUUCCCCGGCGUCGCCGCCCUGGCGGCGGACGGCGUCGAGGGCGAGCUGCGCGCGCUCGGGUUCGGGUAUCGCGCGAAGUACGUCGCGGCGAGCGCACGUUGGAUCGCGGCGAACGGUGGCGAGGCGUGGCUGCGGGGCCUCCGGGGCGUGCCGUAUGCGAGGGCACAUGCAGAGCUCACAAAGCUGACGGGCGUCGGAGCCAAGGUGGCAGAUUGUGUGUGCCUCAUGUCACUAGAUAAGACUGGUGCCAUUCCAGUAGACACGCAUGUCUGGCAGAUUGCUUCACGUGACUACAUGCCCCAUCUAAAGAAGGUGAAGUCGGUGAAUGACAAGGUUUACAAAGAAAUUGGAGAAUUUUUCAGAGAUCUGUUUGGCCCAUAUGCUGGAUGGGCACAUUCCGUCUUGUUCAGUGCUGAUCUAAAGAAAUUUGAAGAUGCUAGUAAGCCAAAGCAGCAGCCUAGCGGCCGGCCUCCGAUAACAGAGGCCAACUGAUGCAGACAGCCACAGAACAAGUUGCUACUGGGUCGAACACCCCAUCCGGUGGGUGGGUGGGUGGUUGCUAGUAGAAUCCAAGGUCAUUCAUACCACGGCGAUGCAGCCGCGUGUGUGUGUGCGACCCUUGUCUAAUCGGUGCCUACUUUUAACUGUACAGCCGGGUGAACAGACAGGUUGGAAUGCCAUUCAGCGCAUGGUUAUUAUAGCUGUGUGUUGAAUUUUUAAAGUGUUUGUGUUGUGUCGAUCUGUAACAGCAGCACGUAUUGGGUGUCAGGUAUUCAUUUUCACCCUGCCUGCUUCGUUCUCUGUGUGCAAGUCAUGUGCAGCACCACGUGUGUGGGUGCCAACUCUGAACAUACAUGUGCAAUGUAUAGAUUGUAUGCUCACGUGGGAACCUACAUGAUUUCUACCCAAGCAGCCCUGCAAAAUUUCUUCAGCUUUAUGUGGGACUUAAGAAAGCGAGACACCUGUUUUCAGGUCCAAUUCAAGUAUCAAAUCCAAAUCAUAGUAUUUCCAAUUUUGUCAGAUAUCAUGAACAUAUUAUUAAUGUGUGAUUGUGUUUGUUAUCAGGGGUCUGUCAUUAUUAACCCCUGUUAUUAUGUAUUCCUAAUUUAAUGCGUUCCUGAUCACGCAUUUCAUCAGGCAGAUUUAGCAGCUGAGCAGACGUACUAUACUAUACUGGGUUAUUGAUCAUUCCCGACAUUCACGAGGAUUCUUCGCUGGUUUAAUAUAAUUCAAAUUGUCAGAAGUUCCCCACAUUUAGUCUGUUGCCAGAGCAUUUUCCUUUCUGUCCGAUGACCGCACAUAGCACUAAAUACUAUGGCCAUGAACCUAUAUGUGUAGCCUUGUCAUAUAGCCGUGGUUCCUCUGGGAGUAGUGCACGACUCUAUAGGCAGAAUAGUCCUUACAGAGUGUUAUCAUACUCUGCCGGUUACAGAAAUGAAGCUAUAAAUGGAGUGCCUUAUCAAUAAAAUACGUGGCCUUGUGACUGUGUUCUACUAGGGCAUAUAAUCUGCAAUGAUUCCAAAAAAGCUCUCAGUCCAUUUCCGUUUGAAUCCUAAGGAUGUUUCCAUACAUGGAGAACCCCCCCGCCUAGAUGUAAAGCCAUAUACAGUAGCAACAGCCGCUCUGCUACGAAGAAGAUAAUAAAAUGUAGGGAAACGGUUUUUCUCGCCGCAGAGGAUAAAAAUGGACCGGUCGAUACAUGCAACCGGCAGGGAUUUUACUUCGCCUCUUUUCAAAUGCAUUCGUUAACGUGUUCGGUCCGAGAGAGACAUUGAUUUGUGCAAGUGUUCGCGACAAUGUUGUGUCAACGUCCAUUAUAGGUUAUUAGUGCGUAUAACUUGUGUUAUUAUAUACCUGAAGAGCAUGGUACGACUCGGCGCGCUGGUAUACGUAGGGUAUACGGGCACGAUUUUGUCCGGCAUUAGACUGAUGCAGGUGAUUGAGUGAGGUAAUGGCCGUUAUUAUAGGGUGUUUACCCCGUGUAAUGAAGCAGCUUGGGUGCCAGCACAUACAGCGAUUUCUCUUGCCUGCACACAGUGAUGCUGAAGGGGUCGUUGUCGUAUCAGGUACUACAGAUAUGUACCCGAGGUACAUAUAUGUAUACA